AUGGUGACAGCAACGCGACAGGGAAAUGUCGCGUCUCCGCGUACGAAUGGCUCAGAGUCCGCGACUAAUACAAAGCGGAAAACCAUGGAAAGCAAGACAAACGGCCACUCUAAUAAGCGGAGAAGGUUAUCGCCUGAACAAGAAGAUACCGUGAUUGAGGUCUUGUCGUCUCAGCAAGAAGUCCCAGCGGAUAAUGUGAUUAUUCAAAUUCCGGCGACGCAGCAAAGGAAGAUUAGAAAUGGAGAUAAUUCUACAUCAGAAUCAGUGUCUACCUCCCUAGACAGAUCGGCGAAGGAACCAAGCAAUCAUAUUCGAUUCGGAAGCGAGGAGCCCGCACUACCAAUUCGGACGGCGAAAGAGAUUGAUAUUGAGGCUGUCCAGCCGGCGCAAGCACAAGAUGAGGAGGACUCUGAGAGUGACGAUGAUGAUGCACCCGAGGUUGUCGACAAUUCGGCUCAAUUGUUGGCGUUGAAAGUCAAAGCACAGAAACAAAAAGAAGCCAAAAGACGGGACGAAAUACUGCAGAAAGAAAAGCGACGACUGCAGGACGAAAAACAGAAAGCUCAAGCCAAGGUAUCAGCUGCGGCCAAAGCGAAAGCAGAGAAACUUCAAAAACAAUCAUCAUUUGAUUCUAAGCUUAUAUCAGAUGAUGAUAUUGUCUCUGAAAGCACUGCCACUCUUCAGGGAUCCGUCGUUAGAGAGUCUGGUCGUCGAGUGCUUCCCGCUCUGCUUCCGGAUGAGAUAUUGAAUGCAGAGCCUGUUCACAGACUACCAUCACCACCUCCCGAAGAGCAGCCGAAAAUCAAUACAAAGCAACACAAGUUUUUCAAAGAAGAUGAGCCUGCGAAAGAUAUCCGUCGCGGAGACGUCACUAUUCGUGUUCUGGAAACUAAGAAAGAGAUGCUCCCUCCCAAGAGCUCGGCAGUUGGACGACGUGUAAAGGCCGCCUGGCAGGCUGGGCAACGAGGUCGUAAUGGUAACGCUGCAGGAGGAUUGAAGCGCGUUGGGGGUGGUUCGAAAGGUUUCGUGCGGCGAUAA